AGCUCUGCUUCCCCCUGUGAUGUUUCCUCUGUGGCUGGACCCUGCUCUCAGCAGAACCAAACAACCCCUUCACCUCCAUCCUCAGCUCGUGGUGUCUCCAGGCCCGGAGGGUCCUGCUUUUGGGGCAUUUUGAGCAAACCCAGCUGCUGCUUUUGCUGCCUGCAGUUUGAGUGCUGAGCUCUGCCGUCCCCUGCUCAGCCCCAGAGCUCCUCCUGCCCAUCCCUUCCUGCCUGGGUACUCUGAGGAGCUGCUGCUCUACCCCAGCCUGGCAUCGUGGAGGACAGGGCCGUCGCCAUGUCGGUGUCGCACAGCUCCAGGCUGAACAAGCUGGUGCGGGAGCAGUACAUGAGGCUGCCCCAGGAUGGGAGGGUGCAGGUCACCUACGUCUGGAUCGACGGCAGCGGCGAGGGAGUGCGCUGCAAGAGCAGGACCCUCGAUAAGGAGCCCAAGAGCAUCGAAGAUGUCCCCGAGUGGAAUUUCGAUGGCUCCAGCACGGCGCAGGCAGAGGGCUCCAACAGUGACAUGUUCCUGGUGCCCGUUUGCAUGUUCAGGGACCCUUUUUGCCUGGACCCCAACAAGCUGGUGCUCUGCGAAGUGCUGAAGUACAACAGGAAACCCGCAGAGACCAACCUGAGGCACACGUGCAAGAAAGUGAUGGACCUGGUGAAGGACAGCCACCCCUGGUUCGGGAUGGAGCAGGAGUACACCCUGCUGGGCAUCAACGGGCACCCCUACGGCUGGCCCGACAACGGCUUCCCCGGCCCUCAGGGCCCCUAUUACUGCGGGGUUGGAGCAGAUAAGGUGUACGGGCGUGAUAUCGUGGAGUCCCACUACAAGGCCUGUCUCUAUGCGGGGGUGAAGAUCUGUGGCACCAAUGCCGAGGUGAUGCCCUCCCAGUGGGAAUUCCAGGUGGGCCCGUGUGAAGGCAUUGAGAUGGGGGAUCACCUGUGGAUGGCUCGGUUCAUCCUGCACCGUGUCUGCGAGGACUUUGGGGUUGUGGCCACUCUGGACCCCAAACCCAUGACCGGCAACUGGAACGGCGCCGGGUGUCACACCAACUACAGCACCGAGGAGAUGCGCAGAGAGGGGGGUCUCAAGCACAUCGAAGCCGCCAUCGAGAAGCUGAUGCAGUACCUGAGGCAGGUCUGA